AACUGUGAACUAGCAACUAACGAGAGAAUAAAUACUGAAUACCUAACCUACAAACAUAAUAUCAAAUAUUUAUUAGUUUGUUAGAUAAGUGUCUUUUGCUCUUUUGUAAUGGAAAAUAUAAAGAAAGGUGGUGGUUAAAGCAACCCAAUAAAUCAGAGGCAGAAAGAAAUCCUAGUAGAUUUCAUUUCUGGGAGACCAGAAAUGUAUUCCGGAAAACUGACCCCAAUAUAUACAAAAGAUAAAAUGCAUGCACUUUGGUCCGAGGUGACUAAUAUAUUAAAUAGUGUUCCGGGUGGACCAGCAAAAGACUGGAAACAAUGGAGAAAAAGCUGGGUAGAUCUUAAGAAAAAUACCAAAGAAAAAGAGUCUCAAAAACGAAAAUACAUGCAAGGUACUGGAGGAGGACCACCUUCAUCACCACCCUCUAAAACAAAAAGUAACAUCGAUGAAAAAAUUUUGUCAAUAAUAAAUCCCACAUCCAUUACAGGCAAUGAUAAUGUUACGGUAUCAGAGGUGCAAUUUGAUGUCAUUGAGCCCUUAGAUGAAUCUGUGGUUUUUGAUGGACGGACUGUAAUGACCGAAACUGAAGAAACGGUCCAGAAUUCUGAUAAGUUUGAUAAUUUAAUGGAUCAGGACCACGUAUAUUGUAGUAUUCCAGGUACUUCUCAACAGCCAUCCACUGCAGAAAUACAAGUUGAGAACCAGAAUUCAUCAACAUUUUUAUCUACCCCAGGCUUUAAGCGAAAACGAUUCACUAAAACUGCAAGGCUAACAGAAUCAAUGAAGAACAAUGAUAUGCUCCUAAAAAUAAAUAAAGAGAAUUUAGAAUCACACAAAAUCUAUAGAGAGAAAAAAAUUGAAAUUUUACUUUGUGAUUCAAAAAAAAGAGAAACCUACUGGAAAAAAAAGUUAAUGAUUCUAGAAUCGAUCGGUGAUAGCCUCAACCAAAUGGUAGAUCAUAAAGAUAAUACAAAUUCUGUUACAUUCUACCAUUAUGAUGACAAAAAUAAGUGUUAAUUGUGUAAUAUGCCUAAAUAAAAAUCAGAGCAAGCGCAACAAAAAGUGACUGAUGCAAUCUAGUUUUUUUUGUGUUCAAAGUAUCUGUACUCGUGAUAUUAAGUUUCUUAAUUAAAUAAUGUGAUUUAUGAGUGUUUCCAAAGAUUAUAAUUAAGUUUGUGAUUAGUUUUGUUAAUAAAAUACCUAUUAUGUUUUUUUU